AUGCUUGCGGGUGCGGCUAUAAUCCUCAUUAUAACUUACUUGACAUAUCGGCUGCCAAUAGAACCUGACGAGAAGAAGAAUAAAAUCAAUUUAUGUGAUAUGCCACUAGAUCGUGGUGAUUCUGAAUGCGAUGCACCUGCGUCAGGAUUGAAAUGGUAUUAUGACAAAGAAAUGGACGAAUGCUACGAGUACUUCUACGAAGGAUGUGGUGGUGGACAGAACACAUUCGCCGAUGAUAGAUCCUGCCAAAUGAGAUGCAUUCCAGCGGAUGAGGUAAAAUGUGGAGCAAACACAAAACCUAGAGGCACUUGCACGAGGGAAAAACAACAUUGCCCAAUCGGUACCUUUUGCUCAUUGGGACCGAUGGGAGCAGGAAUCUGUUGUGAUAAGAAAAAUGAAGAGGAAUGGACUAAGGAGCUCAAGCCAACAUGCGAAAAUGGAACACUUUUAACAAGAAAGGAAUGGUACGGUGCAGCGCCACAAUUGGGAAGGAACUGCUCACAUAGAUUCUGUCCGGAAAAUUAUAAAUGCAUCCAGACUAAGCAUCUGGCACAUUGCUGCCUUGAACAUUGA